GCUUCGUUUAAGGGGCGCUUGUGGUCCCGCCUCGAUGCGACCGGUGACGUCACAGCAUUUCACGAGACUGGGUCGAGCUUCGCAGCUCGCGAGGACCAGUCAAAGUCAGAGCUCAGCUUCGGACGCACCGACACCACAAACGAGAUUAUUCGUGCCUGUUGCAGGUUUCAGGACAAUGAUGGACAUAAUGGGCGUGACGCCUUACUACGACCUCAACGCUUCGGACGCCGUGGUCCCAAACGGGACUUUUUACGACGACGAGGACGAGUACGACUACAAGGACGACCACGCCGAGCUGCGGCAGUCCCUCAACAUCAUGUCUCUCAUCGUCUACUGCCUGGCCUUCGUCCUGGGCGUGCUCGGCAACGGCGUGGUGAUCUGGGUGACCGGAUUCAAGAUGAAGAAAACGGUCAACACCGUCUGGUUCCUCAACCUGGCCGUGGCCGACUUCCUGUUCACGGCGUUCCUUCCUUUGAGCGUGACCUACACCGCCAUGGAUUUCCACUGGCCCUUCGGCAAGUUCAUGUGCAAGCUGAACAGCACCAUGAGCUUCCUCAACAUGUUCGCCAGCGUCUACAUCCUGAUGGUGAUCAGCGUUGACCGCUGCGUGUCUGUGGUGUGGCCCGUUUGGGCUCAGAACUACCGCAGCGUGCAGAAGGCGUCCUGUGUGAGUCUGGGCGUUUGGAUCCUGGCUCUGAUUCUGAGCACGCCCUACUUCAUCUUCAGGGACACCGGGCCGUCGUACAACAACGAAGAAAUCAUCAACUGCUUCAAUAACUUUGCCUUCUCUGAUGAUUAUGUCACCCCGCACGUGACCCAGCUGCGGUACUUCCGCCACCAGGCCAUGACCAUGACCCGUUUCUUCCUGGGAUUCGUCAUCCCCUUCACAGUCAUCGUGUCCUGUUACGCCGUGAUAAUCCACCGCCUCCGCAGGAACCGUACCCUGGCCAGCCAGUCGAGUCGCCCCUUCAAAAUCAUCGCCGCUGUCAUCACCACCUUUUUUCUGUGCUGGGCUCCCUUUCACGUCCUGGCCCUGAUCGAGUUGGUCAAUCACGUGGCCGAUUACGAGAGCGAAAUACUGGACCACGUCAUCACGAUCGGGGUCCCCAUAGCCACCAGUCUGGCCUACCUCAACAGCUGCCUCAAUCCGCUGCUCUACGUGUUCAUGGGACAAGAUUUCAAGGAUAAAGUCCGCAAAUCCAUCCUGAAAGUACUGGAGACUGCUUUCCAGGAAGAGAUUUCCCGCUCGUACACGUACACAAACUCAAUGGUCACCACUCGAAGCAAAGACAAGUCCCUUUCUGAAGCUGAGGUAUAAAGCUGCCCGUGUUAAGAUACUGUACUUGGACACGGCUGUCCUAACUGUAUAUGACAAAUAAUCACAGUUUUGUUUUUUGUUUGUUUUUUUUCGCCUCACCUGCUACUAGUCCACACCUCCGAUGUCUACGACGUGAUUACACUGGCUCUUCAAAACAUUGGAACCAAGCUGUGAUGAAUUCUAUAGGCUAAAACAUUUUUUGAAACGUGUCUAUUUUUUACACCGCGCCGCCGUGUCCACUUAGCUGGAUGGUCAACUCAAAAACAAUAAGAAGAAGAAUUAGGCGGCACGGAGGCUCAGCUGGUAACGCGGUGGCCUCGCAGUUCUGAGGACCCGAGGGAUCGAUCCCGGAUCCCGGCUGUGUGGAGUUUGCAUGUUCUCCCAGUGCCUUUUCUCCGGACACUCCGGUUUCCUCCCACAUCCCCAAAAAACACGCAACAUUAAUUGGACGCUCUAAAUUGCCCCUAGGUGUGAUUGUGAGUGCGGCUGUUUGUCUCCAUGUGCCCUGCGAUUGGCGGGCAACCAGUUCACGGUGUGCCCCGCCUCCUGCCCUUUGACAGCUGGGAUAGGCUCCAGCAUUCCUCGCGACCCUUGUGAGGAUAAGCACCAAAGAAAAUGGAUGAAUGGAUGGAAAAUAAUGAGUAAGCAUCGGAGAUUAUUCCAUUUUAGAUGAACAAGGGAUGUGGAUACAAUUCGUUUGUGAAAAAUGUGGUCAGUUGGGUGCCAACCGAUUGUUGUUGAAUCACGUCUCGAAGCGAUCAAGUCGAAAUGUAGUCCACUGGAAGUUCAAGGGACGCCGUUGGUUGAGUCUCGACUACUUUUGUGGGAUAAAUAAAAUCAGUAUGACGUCAGCCAUGGCAAGUUGAGAUACAUCCCCGCAGACCUCCGCUAUGUCAACAACUCCGCAAACAGCAUUUUUUCCCCUAAAUACGAUCCUGGGGUGGAAAUUGGAAUUCAAAACAUUCUGACACGCCAUCAAUUUCACCAGAGCAGAUCCAGUAAACGUAUUAAAAUGCCCUUUCCUAGUAGUUACUUACUGCAUUUAUGUAUUGUUUUGUAUAAAAUGUAACUAUAUUAGAAAACAUAUGGCGAGAGUGUCUCAGCUGGUAAAGCGUUGGUCUCACAGUUCUGAGGUUGCGGGUUUUCUCCGGUCACUUCGGUUUCCUCCCACAUCCCAAAAAACAUGCAACAUCAAUUAGACACUAAAUUGCCUCUAGGUGUGAUUGUGAGUGCGGCUGUUCCUCUCUAUGGGCCCUACGAUUGGCUGCCGACCAGUUCAGGGUGUGCCCCGCCUCCUGCCCGUUGACAGCUGGGAUAGGCUCCAGCAUGCCCCGCGACCCUCGUGAGGAUAAGCGGCAAAAGAAAAUGGACGGAUGCAUGGAAUACAUACAGGUUUGCGGGCACGCUGCAGUUUAUCCCAUUCACUUAUCGUAAGAAGUGAACGAUACACCAACUGUAAUUGAAGCAUGGAUUUUAUUCGAGGUAAUUAUUGUCAAAUAAUUGUCAUUCCAAAAGUCUUCACUUAAAAAAAAAAAAAUUUCGUUUGAAUUAAUAGCAAUAAGAAUAGCCCUACCCCCUAGCAUAUAGUUGCACUCUCAUCUCAUAGCUGGAAUAAAUUUCAUAUCCUGCAUGCAUUUUUAUGUUAUUCAUGGCUUUGUUAGUGUCCUUAAAAAGCUGAACGUACUAAAUGUAUAUUGUCGGGAGCCAAAGAAAAGCAUCUUCCUCAAAAUUCUGUGAGUUAUUUGUUUUGUCACACAUGCUCAAAGAAAAAUAGAAAUAACUUGACAUAAUUCAGAUGGCUAGACACGCUUUUUAUUGGGAUGAUAGUACAAAGUUAUUCUUUAUGGCAGCUGCAUGGUACAUUUCACUUUUAGUAAUUAUGGACUUAACCUGUCGUGAGAUGGCUACAAUGAAAUAACUACAUGACCUGUAUCUGGAUGCUUAAUCGCUAUGUAAA